UGUGCUCUGGAUCUGUCAUUGGGACGUUUGAGCGCAACCAAGAAGUGAAAAAUGUUUCUCCAGCUUUAUCUCCUCUUCAUCACGGUGGCUGCUGUUAGUAGUCAAACAACACUCAAUUGUGCCGGCUUUCUCAGAUUACCAGACUACAAUGACAUCUCUGUUGAUUGUGGAACAAGCUCCAUUAGUCUAACCAUACAGAUCUGCCCAGCUAUCUAUGCCGGCUACAACGAGACGUCACUUUUUGUCAACAGCAUUACUAAUGACCCAAGCUGCAAAGGCACAUUGGAUAAUUCAGUUGUUCCCCCUGUGCUACGCUUCACCUUUCCCAUUGGUACAAACAACAGCUGUGGCAGCAACCUCAAUACCACUAGUGCAGCAGGCACCGGAAUAUUUGCAGACUUUUCCAACAUUCAGUCACUAAAUAUCAGUGGUGUGGUGCGUUCCUAUGACACGUCAGUGAGUGUGGUGACCUACAACACUGACCUGAAGUACUUUUACUCGUGUGCCUAUCCUUUGCAGUACCUGAUCAAUAACACCAGACUUGAUGUGUCAUCUUCUGCCAUUGCUGUGAGGGACAGAAAUGGGAGUUUCAUCAGCACACUCAGCCUCAAGCUGUACAGCGAUGCAAACUAUACCAUGCCUCUAGUAAUUCCCACUCAGGGAAUUCAACUCAAGUCAAAUGUGUUUGUUAUGGUCCAAGCCACCAACCUCACUUCUCAGUACUACGUGCUGUUGGACAGGUGCUAUGCUUCUGUGUCCCGUUACCCGACCAGCUCUACCUUCUAUAACCUAUUUGUUGGGUGCACAAAGGAUCCAAUGACCAAUGUCACGGAGAACGGUAUGAGUCAGACUGCUCGCUUUUACUUCCCAGCCUUCCGAUUUACAGAGCAACAAAACCAAAGUGUCUCUAGCUAUUACCUGCACUGCAUCACACGGCUGUGUGAGAGCUCAGCCUGUGUUAACUUUAGGUCAUGUGCUGCAGGCAGAAGGAGAAGAGAUUUGCAACCUACAGCUUUACCCCCAGAUGGACUCACAGAAUCCACUCUUCUCACCUCACCCAUCAUCUUUACCAAAUCUGACAUCAACGCGGCCCCAGGAACAAAAGAUGAGCAAGUAUCAUCCAGUAAAACUGCUUCAGACUCUUCUGUAGCCCUGGGUGUGACAGUAGGCAUACUGGCAUUUGCCUGUCUUGGAAUUAUAGUUAUAGGUGCUAUAUUCUACAAGAAGCUCAUGAUUUCUGGGGUCUCCAAAAUCCUUUGUUAAAUGGACUGAAGUGAUCUUCCUCCAGAACUAUAACUGUAUCUUCUGUUAUUUCUGCUCACAUUUCCUUAAUGUGAUUUCCAUUUAUAUUUUGAGAAAAGAACAAUAACUUUGCACAAUGGAUGUAAUUUAGCAUAGCACUAAAUUAGAAGUUAUUUCAAUUUACACACACUGUUUUGUUUACUGAAACAAAGCCAUUUUGUAAAAAGUAUGGACCACACCUAAUAUAAAACAACACAUUAUAAAACCUACACAUAUAUUUAAAUCUCUCUGGCUUAUUAUAUAAAAAUGCACUUGCACAUUGUAAAGGAUCUUUAUUAUGUUUCUAAUUAUACACUGUUGUCUUAAUUGUUAAUGUAUAUGAGUGAUUUUUUUUAAUUGAUGCAUGCAACAUAAAUAAAGAUAAUCUAAAGCAACUAAUUAUUGUAAAGGCUUGUACAAUUGCUAUUUUUGUUAAACUGCAGACUUUAAUCAGGUUUAAAAAUAAAGGGUAAAGCUUGUAAAUGAUAUUUGUAAUUUUUCUGUCUUCAUGUCAGUAGAAAACAGCAAGUGCUUCAGAUUCUACAUAUGUUUGCAUAGCUAUAACUAUAGUCAUGCCCAUAAAUAAACUUCUAAUAUAAAGGAAGCUACAUAAAGAACUAUUACAUAUAUUUGGGCUUAAUGUGAUUUGUAAACACUUCCAAAAAUUUAAUUAGUUCAUUUGCUGGAUAUAAUGAUACUUCCUGUCCAUUUGACUUUUGGGGAAAAUGGUUACAUAUGGAAAUCUGUUGCUUUUUUUUUAUUUUUUAUUUUUUAGUUUUGUUAUCUAAGAUGAGACACUGCUAUAUAAGAAGACAGAAUUGAAGGAGGAUGUACUUGCUUUUUCCUAUGACAGUAAACCUUUCAAACAUUCAAUUAUUUAAUCUAUUAUUUAAAGUAUCUUGGAUUGAUGUAUAAACAAACAAAAAAGGCAGACUAAUGGCUACAAUUGUAAAUGGCCAUAAAAUGGGCUUAUAUAUAAGUAACAUCUUUUACUUUCCUUUUAACCAUUGUAGUGACCCUCAUUUUGAUCACCAUGUUAGGUGGUCUGCUGGAUACAAUGAUAAUUCUGCAUAAUUUAUUAAAUUAUUUUAUCAGCCAAUCUGGGAAGCAUCUUUGGUUAAUCACAUAAAACAUCAUGGAUCUGUGAUUUUGACUGGUUUGAUUAUUUUUACACCUUCUGGUCUCUAGGGAUUUUCACACACAACAGUCUACUGAUUGGUGCAAUAAAGAAGCUGAUAAAAAGGUGAAAGUAACUCAGAUAACCAAACUGUAAUUGUGAUGUGCAGAAAUGCUAUUUAGAAUGUCAAAUCAUAAACAUGUCAAAGCUUGAGAAAGCUCAAGACCACACUGGGUUCCACUUCACCUUUAGGGUG